UGCCCCCCACCCCCCCCUCGGGUCCCCGCGGCCGUCGCCAUGGAGAAGACGGAGAUGAUCCAGAAGGCCAAGCUGGCGGAGCAGGCCGAGCGCUACGACGACAUGGCCACCUGCAUGAAGGCGGUGACGGAGCAGGGGGCCGAGCUGUCCAACGAGGAGCGCAACCUGCUGUCGGUGGCCUACAAGAACGUGGUCGGGGGCCGCCGCUCCGCCUGGAGGGUCAUCUCCAGCAUCGAGCAGAAGACCGACAGCGCCGACAAGAAGAUGCAGCUGGUCAAGGACUAUCGGGAGAAAGUGGAGGCCGAGCUGAGGUCCAUCUGCACCACCGUCCUGGAGUUGUUGGAUAAGUUUUUAAUAGCGAAUGCAACUAACCCAGAGAGUAAGGUCUUCUACCUGAAGAUGAAGGGAGACUACUUUCGGUACCUGGCUGAGGUAGCAUGUGGAGAUGACCGAAAACAAACAAUAGAUAAUUCACAGGGCGCUUAUCAAGAGGCAUUUGACAUCAGCAAGAAAGAGAUGCAGCCUACACAUCCGAUUCGCCUGGGGCUAGCUCUCAACUUUUCUGUAUUUUACUAUGAGAUCCUUAACAACCCAGAGCUUGCCUGCACACUGGCUAAAACCGCUUUUGAUGAGGCCAUCGCAGAACUCGAUACACUGAAUGAAGAUUCAUACAAAGACAGUACCCUUAUCAUGCAGCUGCUUAGAGACAACCUAACAUUAUGGACAUCAGACAGUGCCGGCGAGGAAUGUGAUGCUGCAGAAGGGGCAGAAAACUAAUUUGCCCACAGGGUAUCAGCCUCCCUCCCCUCUCAAGAAACCUUUUUACACCUCUCCAUUCCUUAUAGCUCCACUUGGAUUUCCUAUAGCAAAGAAAACCCAUCCAUGUGUAUGGAAAUCAACAGUUUAUAGUCUUUUCACACUGCAGCUUUGGGAAAACUCCAUUCCUUGAUUUGUGUUUGUCCUGGCCUUCCUGGUGUGCGGUUACUGCUGUAGAAAAGUAUUAAUAGCUUCAUUUCAUAUAAGCAUAAGUAAUUUCCAAACACUUAUGUAGCGGACUAAAAGUGUAUCUGGUAUUUAAAAAUUCCGAACCAGUUCUGCAAGUGACUGGGUUUUUUGGGGUUUCUUUGUUUCGUUUUGGUUUUUUCUUUUGUAUUACAGUAAAAACAUGGAAAUGUAGUUAAAUUGAAACUGAAGAGAGUUCUACGUCCUUUUCUGUUGUUGUUGAUUUUAAUUUCCACAGUCCCUCCUAAUUUUGCAGGGAUUUCCCAACUUCCACAUGAUCUUGUAUAUUCUUUUUUAGGUCAGAAUCUGGAAAUAUUUGGUUAAAUACUAAAAGUUUGCUAGUGGGUAUAACAUAAAUUUGAAAUGCCUCUGUAAACUAUAUUUUGGAGGCCACUGCAUAUCUGACGACCUGAAGCGUUCUUAUUCACUCUUCAGCUGCCAUUGUUUUAAGUCGACAGCUUCCCUCCCCAAUAAAAGUUCACUUACACUCCCGCCUUUGUAGUUCUGGUAUUCUCUUUAUCAUGUACUAAAAAUAGCAUGUUCCAGCCCAGAAUACAAGCAGUAUUUUUUUUUUUUUUAGCAAACUUAAGGCGCAUGUCAUUCUUGAAUACAGUAGAAUGGAAAAAUAAUUUGAAGUACAUAAGUCCAAUACUAAAAUCUUAGUACUUUUCCAUGCAGAUUUUGUGCACGUGUGAGGGUGUUGAGUAUGUCCAGUGAUUGUUAAUUAGAGAGUUUGGACCACUAUUGCGUGUUGCUAAUCAUUGAUUGUAGUCCCAAAAAAGCCUUGUGAAAAUGUUAUGCCCUAUGUAACAGCAAAGUAACAUAAAAUAAAAUUACAUUUUAUAAACCA